UGAACACCCGGUUAUAAAUGUGGUGGGCGCCAAAGAAAUCAUCCAAAUUCGCUGUUGAAGAGGUGAUCCAGCCCAUAGGGGAGUCUGGCUUACGCCAUUACAAUGAAGUUCUUUGGUUCAGAGGAGAACCAACGGCUGGAAAACUUGCUGGAAGGGACUUUGGCCAGGGAAACGCGACUGUGGAGAUCGCCAGUCCUCAAAAACGGUCGCAUCCAGGGUACCGAUAUAAUCCCAUCCCAAUACCAGGAGGUUAUUUUAUGGCUGCGUGAGCUAUGCGUAAUGUUCCAGUUCUGUUCGGACACUUUUGCGAUGGGAGUCUGUGUUCUCAACAGACUUUUGGCAGCUGUGAAGGCCCAAUCCAAAUAUCUCAAGUGCAUUGCCAUCACCUCAUUGAUUCUUGCUGCCAAAAUUAAUGAAGAGGAUGAGGUCAUCGCACCUGUCAAAGAUCUCUUGGCACAAAGUGGAUGCAACUUCUCUACGGGAGAGAUUCUCCGCAUGGAAAAGAUCAUUCUGGACAAGCUGCACUGGGACCUCUACACAGCAACACCCAUUGAUUUCAUUCACAUCUUUCACAGCCUGUUGGUGUCUGGACAUCCUCGGCUUCCGUUCGUCCUCUCUCAGAAAAAACCGGGCUUCCAGCUGGAGCUGUGGACCAGGCAGGUGCAGCAUUGUAUGGGGUUCCACCAGUUCUGGCAAUUCAAGGGCUCCACGUUGGCUUUGGCCAUCAUCACUUUGGAGUUGGAGAGAUGCACCCCCGACUGGUUCUCGCUUUUUACCAAUCUGCUGAAGAAAGCACAGAUUGAGAGUACAGAGUUUAUCCGUUGUAAGGAGACAGUGGAUGAAUACCUCACGAGUCUGGAGCUCUCCGUGCCAACCAACGCGGUCUACAUCUUAGACACCACCAACCUGUGCUUUCGAGGCUACGGCAUGGAGGAGGAGAAGAGAAAGUGCGUGAGGCAGCCCUGGUCGUUGGCAGGGAGGGGCGGGGGGAAGAGAAGCCGCGGUGAAGGCGAUGUGGACGAGUUCUAUGACGGUUUUGAGCACCUCUAUAACGAGGGGGUGGGCACGGAGGCGGUGCACAGCGGCCCCAUAGACCUGUGCUUGUCUGGCCAGGAGAAGGUCCUGUCCUGCCCCCCCCUCCAGCCCCCCACUGCCUGA